AUGCAGCUGUUCGGUAGCGGUUCGAGGCGGGUUGCGGGAGUUGCCCAAAAAUUCGGUGAUGACGGAGAAUGGGAGAAGGGAGAAGGGAAAUUGGUGGUCGAGGGGACGGCUGCAAAGAAACCAACUUUGAGGGCUGUGAGGGAAUGCCUCAGCAGGGGCUGGCAGGCGCCUGGCCUUACUCCACAGUGCGCCUGCGCCAACAGGGCGCCGCAUGUACAGUGCGAAAUGGCAGAAAAGGCGGCAAUCAAUCCCUGGGUGCCCAACCAAGUAGAAGAAGAUCGCAUUCUGCAGACGCACGUUUUAGCGGUCUCCGAUGGUUGUCACGAGGCUCGCUCGGGCGCCGCUUGCUCACAAAAGGUGUGUCGCUCUUGGCAGACAUGCAACCGGAAGCGGGCAUCGCUCAGGAAGCAACCUCCCGUCGAUUUCCUGUCGGCUGGAUCUGUCGGUAGGUCAACCACUUUGGGCGUGGGAAGCUGCCAGUUGAGGAGGACGGCGCUUAACGAUUCAUGCAGGUCAGGCUAG